AUGCCGAUGAAGAUGGAGAUUGAUCUGGAGGAGGAUGUUGGUUUUUAUGAGCAGACAAUAUUUUCGCAGGUCUCGGAGGAAGCCGAUAACCUUGAGAAUGCCGACGUCCCGGAAACAAACGCACAUGAAGCAGAACACGUAGAACCAGUGGGUUUGGACGAAAAGUUCAGCAUCUCGGAUGUUUAUGUUAAUGAGAAAGAAGCAUACGAGGCUUAUCGUUCUUAUGGAUAUAAUCUUGGUUUUAGUGUUCGUAAGGAUCAUCACAGUUACUGGCCAAAUUCCAAAAAUUUAAAAUCCAAGGACUUUGUUUGUUCAAAAGCUGGUUUCAAGAAGUUGCCUGAUCUUAAUAUCCAAAGGAAAUAUCGAAGAUCAGAUACUCGAACUGGUUGUCCAGCUAUGGUUAGGUUUACAGUGGAUGAAGCUGGAUAUUGGAAGGCAGAAGACCGACAUCUUCUUAGAUCAUGCAGGAAUAUGUGUGAUGAAAAAGCUUCUGUUCUUAAAGCAAUGACAGAUGCUGGGAUAAGAACAAUUGAUGCAUUUUCCUUCCUUGCUGAUGAAGUUGGAGGUGUUGAAAAUAUUGGAUUCACAAGGAGGGAUGCGUACAACUUUAUUCAAAAAAUAAAAAGAGCUAAGAUUGAACUUGGGGACACUAAUACUUUGAUUGAGUUAUUUAAAGAACGACAACUUAAUGAUAACAUGUUCUCUUGGGAUGUCCAGAAGGAUGAAUUUGAUAGAUUGUUAAAUUUUUUUUGGGUUGAUGCGAUUGGUAAGAUAGAUUAUGACUGCUUUGGUGAUGUGGUAAUUUUUGAUACAAGUUAUAGGCUUAAUAAGUAUAAUUUGGUAUGCGCACCAUUUGUCGGGGUUAACAAUCAUUGGCAAAACAUUUUGCUUGGGGUGGCCUUCUUGUCCGAAGAGACAAUUGAAUCAUUUACGUGGGUGUUUACAACUUUUGUUCGAAUGAUGGGUGAUAAACAGCCAAUAACAAUAUAUACAGAUCAAACAGAAUCAAGACCAGCGCAUGGCUAG